CAAGAGCCGCAGAGAGCGGAUCCUGUUUGCGGCGGUUACAGACUGCGCGAUAUGUGAGGCGUUUCAGUGCAGUCCUCGGAGCAGCGCUCUGGCAAACAUGGGGCUCUCCGCUCGGAAAGUGGGACCCAUUCUGCUGCUGAUGCUGACGGCUACCGUCGCCUUCGAUGACGUCACCAGAGCUUCUGUGCAGACUGGUAGCCGCAAGGGGCGCUUCAGGUGGGAGCGGGAUGACUGGUUCGAGGCGCAGUUCACCGGCCACCCGAAGUUCGCCUGCGCCAAGACCGGCUAUCCUCGCGGUGACAAGUUCCCAGGCUACGACCGCAAGUUCCUCUUCAAGACUCCAGAAUCUCCCAAGAACCUCUUCUGCGCACUCCGAGGUACGGAUAAUGAUCUGCGAGCCAUGAUUCGGCACGUCGGUCUCAAAUGGAGCGCGCGCUCGCUGCGCCGCGGCGGCAUGAUAGUGGAGGUGUCGGCGCCGGAGGUGCGGUGCGUGCCGCGCCCCCGGCUGCUGGCGUCGCUGUUCGACCUGGUGGUGGUGGCCGGGCGCGCCCCCAACCACGCCGCCUGGUGCCUGCUGGUGCAGUCGCCGCCCCCGCCACACGACGCCUACCGCCCACGCUUCCCGCAGCCCACCGGCGGCGCUCUGGCCAUCAGAAUACACCUUGAACACGUCCCAGACGUGUUGUGCAGUCCCGACGUCAGGCGCAACGAAGAAACCGAGGACACGAGUGACGAAGAUGUUGACUUCUUCGUUCAAGGGUUCUUGGAAAACUGGAGCACUUAUUUCAGGUGUAAUUUCCAAAGAGCUAACAACACUACAGGCCCGUCGGCGCGCACGCUGCUGCUGUCGGUGGUGCUGGAGCUGGGCCUCAGCUCCGGCCUGUACCGCGGCCGGCCCGUCACCUGGCUGCCGGCGCACACCUGCCGCGAGGCCUGCCCCGAGCGCGCGCCGCGCCCCGGCGACCUGCUGCGGCUGACCGGCUCCUACAAGGACGACUACGGCCUCGACGUCACCGUCACGUCGCCGUCGGGCCGCGCCGCCACCUGCGACGUGCCCGAGCGGCCCUUCCUCGGCGCCCGGGGGCCGUCCUUCCAGCUGGAGGCCACCUUCCCCGGCCGCACCCCCCUCGUGUGCCACAGCCACCGCGUGCCCAUAGGCCGAGACGUCGACGGCACCGAGUUCUACUUCAUCGUCCGUCUGGAUGUGGAGUUCGAAGACGCCAAGGUGUUCCGCUGUAAGAUGAAGUUUGGAGAGCAGCUGGGUGGAGACAAAGAAGUGGAGGCUUCGCUGAUGGACCUGGCGCAGCAAGUGGGCCUCCGAGUGUUUCACGAAGACGUGGAGCUGGGCCGGACUGUUCCCAGCGUACUCCUCGGCCCCUCCAGUUGCGAAUCGGAGCCGCCACCCGGCUACCUCCACCACUUCCAGGUGACUGGAGACUUCACGCCGGUCACGAAGCACUGCGCCUUCGGCCAAGUGGACCGCCCGGACGAACGGCAGGACCCGAAUAAUCCAGCUGGAGGCUUGCAUUCUGACACGAGAGUGUAUUGACAGGUAAUGAGAGUAAAAUGGUGGAGUAUGUGUCACUUUGAUGAAGAAUACUAACGAAGCUGAUACAUAGAAUUUGACCUGAAAUUCUACUGACGUAAGUUUACGUAACAGCAAGAAAACUAUGGAACAUCAGCUAUAAUUUAGUUGACAGCAGAUUUCAUACAAAGUGUAAUGCUAUGAAAAGAUGCUGCUAACUUCUACGUAUUCCUUGUUUUAUAUGUCUUACUGAUGGAGAUGUAAACGAUUGAAAACCA